AACUCCUCAAACCUAGUGGGAUCUGAACGAAAUGGCGACGGGGUUGAAGAAGAACAGGAAGAAGAGAGGCCACGUCAGCGCCGGACACGGGCGUAUCGGGAAGCACCGCAAGCAUCCAGGAGGUCGCGGUAACGCCGGAGGCAUGCACCACCACCGUAUCCUCUUCGACAAGUACCAUCCAGGUUACUUCGGGAAGGUUGGUAUGAGGUACUUCCACAAGCUCCGCAACAAGUUCUACUGCCCCAUCGUCAACCUCGACAAGCUAUGGUCACUCGUCCCCGAGGAUGUGAAGGGGAAGGCCACAAAGGACAAGGUGCCGAUGAUCGAUGUGACGCAGCACGGGUUCUUUAAGGUUCUUGGGAAAGGUCAUUUGCCUGAGGGGAAGCCUUUUGUUGUGAAGGCUAAGCUCAUUUCCAAGACUGCUGAGAAGAAGAUCAAGGAGGCUGGUGGCGCCGUCGUGCUCACUGCCUAGGGUUUAGGUCGUGUUUCGUUUAAUUACUUUAUGUUUUGGAAUCGUUUUGUUGAACUCGUUAAGUUUGUUGCCUUUUGGAAUGAGAGAUCUUUUAAUCAAUAUUAAUCGUUAUUUGGAGAUUAAA